AUGCCUUCGUUCAUGGGCUGGAACUACACCCGCCAUCGUCAGGCCCCCCGCCGUCGUCAGGCCUACCGCCGCACUGAUCACAAUACGGCCAACAGCCCUCUCUUCAGAUUGCCAGCAGAACUCCUUGCCAUGGUAACCAAGAACUUGGAAGAUGAAGACGACAGGCUUGCCCUAGGAUAUACCUGUGCCAGAUUCUUCUAUUCUGAUGCCCUUAAGGAUACCAUAUCAGACAAAGAAGCAAGAUUCAGGGCACUCUGCAUGCUGGAGUUGCGCAGGGAGCCGUGGCACGGCGAGCGACAGUAUUGCUGCCGAGGGUGUUUAGCUGUUCAUGGUUCCGCUGCUUUCUUUAGUAUUGACCUGCUAAAAGAUCCAUCCGAACGUCAUUGUAGGAUGACUGUGAAGUGUAUUAACCUGGGAAUACACGGCAUUUUCAGCUUUGCAGACAUAAAGAAGUUUGUAUCGCAAGAGAGAGGAGGUCGUGAUACCAACUGGUUUACCAAAAUAUUUUCUUCGCCCAAGGUCACUCUAGAGUUUAGCCUCCCCAUAUUCCCUCAAGGAGCGGACGUUACUCCCGAAGGAUUCAAUUCUCUUUUCAAGAUUAUCGAUUAUGUACUCUGCCCACAUAUGCGGGCGAAAAAGUACGUAAAAAGCUAUCUAUAUUGUCGAAAGCCUGGCAUUGAGCCUCGCCCGGGGUGGAUAGAACCUGCUGUGAAGUGCUAUAUUUGUAACACUGUGGUGACGCUUGGUGACUUGCCGAGUUCUACUCCUGGAAACGAUGGCCGGGUAUGGCUAGCAAUUAACGUCAGUCGGCCCAUUGGAAGACUCUAUUCUCCACUAGAGCAAGAGUGGCUUAACCAGUCCUUUUCUGUCAUGGCUGGUUAUAUAGAUUGGCAUAACAAGAUUAAAGUCGAAUGGUGCCGAGACUAUUGGAGAGAAAAUCCUACUGCUUAUGUGGGUUGGCAGUGGGAGAAAUGUCUACAAGGCCAUCGGGCACAACAUCAACAUUCUCAGACGACGUCCUCGAUCAUUUUCUCGGAGACAGCAAGUAAAUCUAAUUGGCACAUCAUGACCUGGUCGGACGUCGCAAAUUCAGUUUUUAACGGCAUCAAUGCCGUUAACGGGAUUAUUGCCAGAUGGCAAGAGUGGCGGGCUCAAAGCCUGGAAGAAGAGGAGAGGGUGGCGGAGGGGGAGCGCCAACUACUGCGGGAAAGGACAGAGGCCGCCGCCAGGGAUAAUGCCCUCAAUGUCAGAGAGAGGCAGGCCACUAUUCUCCAGCAACAGCUGGAACAGCGGGAGUGCAAUAUCUCCCAGCGAGAGGCAGAGUGCCGUAGGCUUCUUGCCACGGCAGCGCAGUCUGUAAGGACUGCAAAUCGGCUGGAGGAAUCCGCCGAGCAGGCGUAUAUAUACCUCCAACAGGAGGUGAGGCAGCGUCGUGGGGAGCGGGGCCGCAGAUAG